AUUUCCGUAAUUAAAAUCAAAGCGCGACAAUACAUGUUUGGCAAUACAAGCAUAAAAUUGCAAAAUCAUUCUUAUUUACGAUGAAUUUUCUGAGAGAACCAUUGUUGAUUGCAUGGGCUUCGUUUAUGGUCGUAAUAUCAUGGGUCAAUGCAUUUGAUGACACAGAACGAGUCAAAACUAUUGACCUUAAUAUCGGAUUCGAUCUAACAUCCAAUUCAGACGGAGUGCCAUCACUAAAAAUAAGACGUUUUGAAGAAGGUAGCCGUACCUUUAGGUUGGAACCAAAACCGUCCGAACGAGCGGAUUCAAUAGAAAGUGAAGAAAAAGAGAAACCUAAGUUUAAAAAACGAGUACAUAAACCAGGAACUGAGAGCAACGAUGAAGAGUCAAGUAGUGAGUAUGAAGGUGUAAGAAGUACGAAAGGUUUACGUGGAGAAUAUGAACCUGAAGACAUUCCAAAAGCACAAGAACCGUCUGAUGACAGUGACGAAGGCUCAGAUUAA